AAUUUCUAUGUUAACUAUAUACACUUUAUUUGUGAUUUGAAAGAAAAACCUGGCCUCAAUCAUCUCAAGUCAAAUAUCCUAAAGGGAUUAAAUGACUUACCUACACAUACUGAGCUGGCCAUAUUUGCCUUUGUUAGAAUGUGUAUUCUUAGGUUAUCACACAAGUAA